ACAGCUGAUUAGAGGGAGACAGCACGAGGCUGCUGGUGCACAAAAUUCGACUCUUAUUUAUAUAUUUUUAUUUUCGCAAUAGAAGGCGCAGCAAAGGCGGCAACAGUGGGCGGGGCAAGUAAGCGCUGGCGGAAAACUCGACAAAGGAAAAUUCAGCACACAGUUUGCGUCCGAUCAAAGUGAGAAACGUGAGCCAGCAGCAAGAUGACGAGUCGCCAGCGAACUGUGAUCAUAUUCAAAUCGGAAUCGGAAAGCAGCGAUGUGUACGCAGAAACGCUGGAGAAGCACGAUUUCAAUCCCGUCUUUGUGCCCACGCUGAGUUUCGGCUUCAAGAAUCUCGAUGAGCUGCGCGCCAAGCUUCAGAAUCCGGAUAAAUAUGCCGGCAUCAUAUUCACAUCGCCGCGCUGCGUGGAGGCCGUGGCUGAAUCCCUCAAUCUCGGCGAGCUACCCGGCGGUUGGAAGAUGUUGCAUAACUAUGCCGUCGGCGAGGUGACCCACAAUCUGGCGCUAAGCACCUUGGACCAGCUAUUCACCCACGGCAAACAGACGGGCAAUGCCCGGGCAUUGGGCGACUAUAUAGUGGAUACGUUCGAUGGAUCGCGUGCAUUGCCGCUACUAUUGCCAUGCGGUAAUCUGGCCACCGAUACGCUGCUAUCCAAGCUGGCCGAGAAUGGCUUCUCCGUGGAUGCGUGCGAAGUGUACGAGACGCGCUGUCAUCCCGAAUUGGGCGCCAAUGUGGAGAGGGCAUUGGAGAUUUAUGGCGAGUCGAUUGAAUUUCUUGCCUUCUUCUCGCCAUCGGGCGUCAAUUGUGCACAGCAGUACUUCACCAGCCGUCAGCUAUCGAUGGACAAAUGGAAGCUGGUGGCCAUCGGGCCGAGCACUAGGCGUGCCCUCGAAUCGCUGGGCCAAAAGGUUUACUGCACCGCCGAGCGGCCGACGGUGGAGCAUCUGGUCAAGGUGCUGCUCAAUCCGCAGGACAGUCGGGAGCGGUUGCUCAAGGAGCGCGAACGGAUGGCCGCCAUCGAGAAUAACAAUUAAUCCUAAGAUUUCUUAAGCUUUCGCAGCUCCAACGGCUAAUCUCCACAAAUCAUCAUCGGAUCUAUCAUUUAUAUGGAUACAAAUCCAAGUGGGGAGUUCUUAUGGCCUGAAUCUUUAUAGUUAUCCACAAGUAACUAUGAUGAACACAAUCUGUAAUUUCUAUUUUAUAAAAUAAGAUUUUCCAUCAUCGCAUUGGUAGUAACAAUUUUGAAUAAGUUAUGUAGAAAAUUUCGAGCUUUGGUUGUGAUUCGAUUCGAUUGAUUAGUUAUCUUUAUAAUUUCGAAUACCUGUACAAGUUUUUCUCUAUCGAUUUGAAAUCCAAGGAUGGGUAAUUAGUUUCCUGAUCGAAACGUAAAAAAAAAGACUAAAACUCAUGGUUUUUUUUUUUGUUUUUCUUUUUUUUUUAUUUCGAUUGACCUCCGAGCGAGUACAAAAUUAGCGGCAUGAAAUGCCGACGUCUUUAUUUUCUGUUUACUAUUGGAUUAAGCUGAAUAAAUUGUUUCUUUUCUAAAUUUAGUUGGUCGUCUUUGUGGGUCAAAUAGCAAAUAGGAGGUGGCAACGAAGUGGAGUAGAAUUAAGCAAUUACAAUUAAAUUUAAACAAUUUGCUUUGGAGUUUUCACUUGAUUCUAUUAUUGGGGUAACUUUUUAAUUUUUUUGUAAUAACUUUAAAAU